AUGGCUCUUCCACCAGAGCAAUUCCACAUAAAACGGCGACGAGAAGAAGAACCGGUGGAAACCCUCUAUAUCCAGUCUGAGCUGCACCAGAAAAAGCGUCGUUUCACAGACUUCAUCUUCCAGCGAGUGCAAGUUGGUACCGAUGCUGUUGCCACUGCUGAAGACGCUGCUCCACCAAGCCCGUCCACCUUGUCUACUCCGGGACAAGGCCGUGUGCGAAGCCCCAGAUCUGUAAGCACGUCCUUUUUCCCGAAAAGGGUUUCGAAUCGUAAUGAAGCUGCUGCUGGCAGUGGCAGUGGCAUUCCCACCGUCAGAGCCACAUCUCCCGGCGCAGAGUUUCGUGAAGAACGUGCGCUUGCUGCAGCCCGGCGGCAGCAGGAGGAUGCCAGGAGCAAGAGACUUACAGAGUCUAUUGAUAUGCUCCAGCAACAAGAAAAACAAAUACCAAUCGAAAGCACCCCCAGCAAGUCAUUACCUACGACCCAAUCAUCAUCGCAGAAAAGCCUGGCAUCUCCAUCAUUCCCAACCUCGCUUCGCCGAUUCCACAUCUCUCGACCAAACACACCUGCCAAUCCACUCCGAACUGCAACUGGCAGUGGAAUUGCGAAGAGCAACACUUCGGCGCGCGCGCGUGCCGUGCUGGUCGAGAAACUCACACAACCGCCUUCGCUGCGGGGAGCAUCGAUUCUCGAAACACUUCAGAGGGCCGAGAAACCAGCUGAAGAGAUCGACACCGUCGUUCAAUCCCAGCUUCAGGUUCGAGAAGAAGAAGCCCAUCGUCCUCGAAAACGGCCCGUCGUUAACGCUGCCGAGAAGAAAUGGAGAGAGCAGCAGAAAGACUCUAUCUCGGCUGCAAAGCAGCAUCUGGCCAGUACCACCGUCGAGUCUGCGGAUUACCUCGAUAAGCUAGCCAAGGAUCUCGAAAAGGUGAUGCUAGACAUCGAUGCGGAGGAAACCCAAAUGGAUUUUACUCCUUCGCCUCAGCAGCCCACCAAGACAGUUGCGGUUUCACCGCUCAAAUACAAACCACGGCAUCACCCAAGUCCUCGAAAGGCGCCAGACGAAGAGAUGGAUGGGGAGUAUGUCUAUGAUACUUAUAUCCGCGUUCCAGUCCGUCCUCCGACGGACAUGGACGGACUAACCGACCCCCUAACUGACGCCAUGCCAUCGACCCCGCACGGAAUCGAUCCAACCCGCAAGGACGUCGGUGUAGUCGUAAUCACGGAGGAGGAUGAAAAGCUGUGGGAGGAUUUUCUCGAAAACGAAGACGAGGAGGGCGAGAACUGGGAUGGAGAGGACGUCGAUUCGAACGCCGAAGAUAAUCCAGCAAACGACUAUCCAGACGAGGAUCUUUCGUCGGCCGACGAGCAGAACGAUCCGUCUGCUAUCUACCGUCGGUAUCGGUAUGGCGGGUCUGAUGAUGAGGAGUUUGAUGUGAAUCGGUAUGAUGAGGACGAGCAGGCGAGUGAUGAGGAGCAUGACUAUGGUUACGGGACUGGGGUGAUGGAUGAUGAGAAGACUCUCGGUCGAGCUCGUCGUUUGCAGGGGUUGUAUAAUCGGCAGCAUCGUAUUGAGGGGUUGUCGGGUGAGGAUGAUGAGGAGUAG